AUGUCGAUUAUAGGACAGAGAAAUGAAAUGGAAGAUGAAGUGAGAGUGGAAUUGGGAUUGAGAACAAUUAAUGAUGAGAAGUACAAUUUCUUUGCCAUGUAUGACGGACACGGUGGCACUCAGGUUGCGCAAGUGUGUCGUGAACAGUUGCACCAGAUUGUGGCAAAGGAGAUUGUGGGUUGGGGAGACAUAGAUGGGGCGGAGUGGGGGAGGUUGAUGGAGAAGUGCUUUGAGAGAACGGAUGACGAAGUGAACAGAGGUGCCGUUGCCAUGAAAACGGUCGGCUCGAUCGUGGUUACGACGAUGAUUGGGAAUGAGGAAGUGGUGGUGGCCAAUUACGACAAUUGUCGAGCCGUUUUGGCUAGAGAUGGAAUUGCGUUGCCCUUGUCUGACAAUUAUAAGCCUGGCAGAGAUGAUGAGUUGAAGAGAAUUGAAUCUAUCAAUGAGAGGGUCAUAAACUGGAAUGGCUACCAGGUGCUAGGAGUUUUUGCCACUUCAAGAUCCAUCGGUGAUGAAUAUCUCAAACCAUUUGUUAUCUCAAAACCAAAAGUGACUGUGACCAAGAGAAUCGACAACGAAGAGUUUCUCAUACUAGGAAGUGAUAGUCUAUGGGAUGUUGUUUCGAAUGAAAUUGCCUGCAACAUAGUGAGGAGAUGUUUUGGAGGCCAAAUUGAAGAGGCUUUUGUUGAAGGUAGAGAACGACAAUCAUGUUGCUGA